AACGUGCUCCAUGCAGCACACAAACCCCAGGCUUCCUGUGUGUUAGCAGGAAGCCCCACUGCAGCACAAACAGCACGGCCUCGCACCCUGGCAGACAUGGCCAAAAGAGAGACGCUUUGGACGGACAACUUCAGUAUUGUGGACGUUCAUUAAAUGGACAAGAAUUUGCGUCUUGGGCCUGAGGACUAUUUCAUAAACAGUAAACAUGGCUAAGCUUCUGCAGGGAUUAGUACUCUGUCUAAUGGCAGCACAGAGCCUUCAACAUAAAGGUGGCAAGAAGGCAAGCAAAGGAAACACCACUAACAUGGAUCCAAAAACAUUUAAACCUCGUAACUAUACACUGACCCACACAAACCAGAGUUGGCAUGGGAUGGAUCUGUUUCUUCACGUUGGACCAGAGGAUCCAGCCACAGCCUUCACCACAGGGAUCCUGAGUAACUGGAUCAUUCCCUCAGCCUACGUCCUGUCUAUGCUAGUGGGCAUCCCGUCUAACGCCUACAUUUUGGCUUUUUUAAGAGUUAAGAUCAAGGACAAGUCACGGGCAACAAUAAUUCUGUAUUUGAACUUGGCUCUGUCUGACCUGUUGCUGCUGCUGUCCCUGGCCUUGCGCAUUCAUUAUCACCUUAAUGGAAACCACUGGAUUUUCGGAGAGGUUUCCUGUCGGCUCAUUACUGCUUUAUUUUAUGGGAAUGUGUACUGCUCCUCUCAGACCAUUGCAUGCAUCAGUGUGAAGCGCUACCUGGCCGUUGUCAAGCCUUUUCUGUACCGGCGAUUGGCCACGACCUCUUUGUCUAUAUGGGCCUGCCUCAUCGUGUGGCUGCUGUUUGGGGCAGCUAUAGUUCCCGAGCUGCUGGUCAGGCAGAGCUACUACAUCUCUGAGCUGGGAGUUGUCACAUGCCAUGACAUCCUGCCCUUGGACAAGGCACCGCACUCUCUACUGAUCCCAUUUCGACUGGGCCUGGUCUGCCUGGGAUUCAUAGUGCCGUUCUUUGUUUGCAUUUAUGUCCAUGUAUCAGUGGUGUACCACCUGGGGCAGUCUGGUUGUGACUGGAAACCUUACAUAAAGGUCAGCAGCCUGGUCUUCCUCAUAUUUGUUGUGUGCUUCUUACCCAGUGGCAUCCUGCAUAUAACUCACUACAUCUGUCUAAUUGUGAGCGGCAAUGACCAAAUGUACACAUACUACAGAGCAGCAGUGUGCCUCUGCUGCUUCCACAGCUGUCUGGAUCCUCUCCUGUGUUUGCUCCUGUCCAGGACUAGCUCCUCUGAGCUACACUUCAUAACCCUGCGUGGGCCACCUCUGACUACCUCUGCAGUGAUGUAAGCCUAAGUACUAAGUAAACAUUUAUCUGCGGGACUUAAACAAUUGCUACUGUUUUUGGAACACAGCCGGGAAGCACAAAAUACAACAUAAUGAUAAAUGUUAAGUUUUAACAAAAUGAACGUGUAUAAGCCUGCAUUUACCCUGUUUGUGUAAUCUUUUAACUCAAAUGCAGUGUGAUCAAUUGUAAUUCAAAUGACUUAAAAAAAAAAAAAAAGGCAAUACCUGGCAG